UGUGGGGUGUGGCUAGUACAGACUCAUUAUCGAUCAUUCCAUUAAAUUCAAUCUCCAAGUAACAAGGAAGAAAUCGUAUCAAAACCAAUCAAAGCAAAUAAAAAUGCGGGCACAGGUUUUGUCACUCUCAUCCAACACCACUUUACUACGCAGAGCUCUCCCCGUUUUGGUUCGACCUUACCUCGUUCGAACCACUUCUCCUAAUCAUAUCUCGUUCCUCAGAUCCACUUCACAAGCUACACGUUUUCCUAAACAUGAUCAGAAAUUAUUGUUCACCUCUGUUAGUUCUAUUCGCAAGUUCACUUCACGCGCUACUAAUGUUAACGAUGCUGGUUCUAUUGAUUUGCCUAUCAUUCAAUCCAUGCAGCAAAAGAUAAAGGAACAACUCAAUGCAGAAGCAGUCUCUGUAAAGGAUGCUUACGGUGAUGGACGACACGUUAGCAUUGAUGUUGUAUCGACAGCCUUCGAGGGACAAUCAGCCGUGAAUAGGCAAAGGAUGGUCUAUAAAGCCAUAUGGGAGGAGCUUCAGAGUGCAGUUCAUGCAGUUGAUCAGAUGACGACCAAAACUCCUGCUGAAGCAGCCGCCGGGAAAUGAUAAAAGAUAAUGAGAACAUUGCGUACAAUGAACUAGAAGUGAUCAUACUCUUAAUAUAUUUUUGUAUUGCUGUUGUCUUGCAGUGAAUUUCUAAGCUUAAACUGCCGUUGCACUGUGUUCACAUGCAAGACAUCAGUAUUUCAAUUCACUUUCUGGAGUUGCUAAAUUCAUUAAUUUGCCAAACAGUACACUUGACAAUUUAAUUUGUCAAACGUUAUGCUGCAAUGUUAUGCGGUUUGUUUAUACUUUCUGGCCCCCA